AUGUCGGAGGAAAUUGUUAAGAAAACUGAAGAGUUGAAGAUUGAGGAAGGUUCUGCCGCUGCCGCUGGUGCUCCUGCUGGUGAGGUUGUUUUGGGCGCUGAUGGCAAGCCUUUGAGCAAGAGUGCUUUGAAGAAGCUCGAGAAGGAGAGAGCUAAGGAGGAGAAGAAGAGACAGAUUGCUGAGCGAUUGGCCGCUGAAAAGGCUGCUCGUGAAGCCAGUGAAGUUGAUUACUCGAAGGAGUUUUAUGGUAAACAGCCUUUGAACCAGUCGGGUGAAAAGACUGGUGAACAGAGAGUCCAGAUCAGCAACAUUGAUAAGUCAUGGGCUGGUAAAGAGGUUAUUUUCAGAGCCAGAGUACACAAUUCUCGUAUGCAGAGUAGUAAGAUGUGUUUUAUGUCGCUACGUCAACAGGAUGCUGUUAUUCAGGCUCUGUUGGUAGUUGAUUCGGACACGAUCUCCAAACAAAUGGUCAAGUGGGCUGGAUCCAUCAACCUUGAGUCAAUUGUCGUUGUUUAUGGUAAGGUCGAGGCAUCUCCCGAGGAAAUCAGUUCGGCCACUGUUAAGGACGCUGAGAUCAAAAUCACUAAGAUUUUCACCAUUGCUGAAACUCCUGCUCAAUUGCCUAUUUUGAUUGAGGAUGCUAGCAGAUCAGAGGCUGAGGCCAAGGAGGUCGGUUUGCCCUAUGUUAACCUCGACACCCGUUUGGAUGCCCGUGUUAUUGACUUGAGAACCGCUACCAACCAAGCUAUUUUCAAAAUCUCGUCUGGUGUGUGUGAAUUGUUCCGUGAAUUCCUGAUAAAGAAGGGAUUCGUAGAGAUCCACACCCCCAAGAUCAUUCCUGCUGCUUCUGAGGGUGGUGCUAAUGUUUUUAAGGUCAAUUACUUUAAAGGAGAAGCUUUCCUUGCUCAAUCCCCUCAAUUAUACAAGCAAAUGUUGAUUGCCGCUGAUUUCGAAAAGGUGUUUGAGAUUGCUCCUGUGUUUAGAGCUGAAAACUCCAAUACCCACCGUCAUAUGACUGAAUUUGUGGGUCUUGAUUUGGAAAUGGCUUUUGAGGAGCACUAUGAUGAGGUCAUUGAUGUGUUGGUAGAGAUGUUUAUGUUCAUUUUCACCGAACUCAAGAAUCGUUAUGCCAAGGAAAUCGCUCUUGUUCGUAAGCAAUACCCUGUUGAAGAAUUCAAGCUGCCCAAGGACGGCAAGAUGGUCCGUCUUCACUUUAAAGAAGGUAUUCAGCUUUUGCGUGAGGUCGGUGGUGUUGACGUUCCUGAUCUCGAAGACUUGUCUACCGAACACGAGAAGCUUCUUGGUAAGAUUGUGCGUGAGAAGUACGACACUGAUUUCUAUAUCCUUGACAAGUUCCCAUUGGCUGUCCGACCAUUCUACACCAUGCCUGAUGCUGCUGAUUCCAACUACUCCAACUCGUAUGACUUUUUCAUGAGAGGUGAAGAAAUUUUGUCGGGAGCUCAACGUAUUCACGACGCCAACUUCCUUAAGACCCGUAUGGCCGCCCAUGAGGUCGACUCUAACACUGUCAAGGAUUACGUUGACGCCUUUUCUUACGGUGCUCCACCUCACGCCGGUGGUGGUAUCGGUUUGGAGCGUGUGGUCAUGUUCUUCCUCGACCUUAAGAACAUCCGUCGUGCAUCGCUCUUCCCUCGUGAUCCUAAGCGUGUAAGACCAUAG